GGCAAUAUACCGCUGGAACAAUGAGUCGUUUGGGUCGUUGCUUCAGGUCUCUGGAAUCCGCUGGCUUCCUACGCGUCCUAGAUGAUAGCCGCGUCGAGCUCCUUGAGCACGGACAUGCCUAUGCCGAGCUGCUCAAGCAGCAGUGGCUAAGCCUGCGUCCGCUGGCAGCACACCUGGGCAACAGCGAUUCCACUGAAGCUAGCGUUUCCUCGACCCACCUGCGGCGUUUUGCCUUUGCCAGUAGCAAAGGAUUCCAGUCCAACUUCGAGCAGUUGGUUCGAGAGCAUCCCCGCAAGGCAAAAUGUCCCACACUCCUCAAGCAUCUGUGCACCUCCUCCGCCUGCCUGCCCAAUCCUUUCUUCAGCCACAAGCCACCCGUUACGCAUUUAAUUACCGACUUUCUGGUGGAGCCUUAUCGCGCCUUGGAGCACUUUUACAACAUGCAGCGCGAGAGUAAGAUUUGGUGGAUGAGAUACUCCUCGAAUCCCAGUCGCUAUCGCAUUGUUGCCCGCGAAUUGCCGGCGGAGGUGGAUGCCAAAGAUUGUCAAGCAAUCGACAUUAUGUCCUGCUACGGCGAAGAGUGCAGCGUGGCAGUGGAGCAACUCAGUUUGGUGAAGCUGCACGGCGAUGAUUUCCGUUUGCCCGAUGCGCGGACGGGGCAAACCCUGCCGCCUGCUGUCAUACGUUCGGUGAUUGAGCUGGAAACAGCGACCUGUGCUCUUCUGGUGGAUGGCUGUGAUCACGCUCGCGAGACUCAAUCCCUGCUGCUGAACCGUGUGCUGGCGCCGUAUCAGUGUGGCAUUGCCUGCCAGGAGGUUGAUGGGGAAAUGGCUGACCUUUGCCUGCACAUAAAAGACGUGCUCCUGCGGGCAGGACUGCGCCUGUGCCAAGGCGAUGGAUAUGCCCUGACCGAAGAUGCUUCACAGCUCAGGGAACACAUAAAAAAAUCUGAUAAGAUGGGAGUGCCUUAUACGCUGCUCUUGAGCGAGCAAACGCUACAAAACGGAUUGCUGCAGCUGCGCAAUCGAGACACCAGGCUGGCGGAGACCAUACACAUAAGCGAUUUACCAAACUAUUUACUGAAUAUAUUUAAACUUUGAAAGUGAAA